AGAGCAACCGCAACAUCAGCUCGAACGGACAGCUCCAUGCGAGCUGGUGUCCGAGUCGAGCUCGAGCACGAACAUGCCCAGCGGCGGGCCACUGUCCGCGGGUCUCUCGGCGCGACCGGUCAUCGUUUGGAACGGCGCUCAGUAUACGGCGAGCAGCAGGGAAUUGGAGCUGGAGCUGCUGCGACGUGAUUACGGCUUGGAUGAGCGCAUGCUGGAGGCGACGCUGGUGCCGCGCUACAAACGCCACAAGCCGCAGGCGAGCGCCAAAAACGCGCACGUGCGUCAUACGCGUGCACCGUGCAGCACGGCUCCGGCUGCCUCAGAUUGGAUACUGCGACAGGGCCAUAGCAGCGUCUCCCAAAUUAACUUUCAUCCCUGGACGGAGCUGGGCGAACGCAAAUUCUCGCACUUCGAUCUGGUGCCGUGGCGGCGCACGCGCAGCGCCUUGGACUUGAGCUCGGUGGCGGAUUACAGUGGGCGUGGCAGCGAGACGCUGCACGUGGCAGAGAAGACGCUGCGUGGCCUCGAGAAGCUCGAGCUGCGCCACAAUCGCCGGCGCCUGCAGCGAGCCCGCUCCACGCAGCAGGGUCUGCGGCGCCAGGUGCGCGUGCGUCUCAUAUUCUCCAUUGAGCUGCGGCACAAGCGCAUGGAGCUGCUGCGGCAGACGGCGCUGCCGAUGCGCGUCUUCGAGCAGCGGUUCGCGAUCAGCGAGAACGAAAGCGCCGCCUACGAGCGCAUCCUGCUGGACGCCAACGCGGGCGUCGAACAGCACGUCGGCUACUUCAGCAGGCGCUCGAACUCCCAGCCAGAUGCUGUCCCGCAGGACGACGAGCAGCAGCAGCUGGUGGUUGACUUCGCCAGCGAAACUGAGGCCGAAGACCCAGAGGCUGAGACGCAAUACGCAACGAUAGCGAAUGCACCGCAGGCCAAGCCACAGGAGCAGCCGCAGUCGAGCGAAAAGAAGCCAGCGGAUCAGAGC